GCUGGCCAUUGCACGCUCAGAACCCAAGGAGAAGGCAUAUAUAACAAACAACUCUUGCUGGCCAUUGCACGCUCAGAACCCAAGGAGAAGGCAUGAAGUGGCUUGGAAUCCUCGGGCUGGUGGCCCUCUCAGAGUGCCUAGUCACAAUCCCUCUGACAAGGGUCAAGUCCAUGCGAGAAAACCUCAGGGAGAAAGACAAGCUGAAAGAUUACCUGGAGAGCCAUCCCUACAACCUGGCCUACAAGUCUGAUGACUCCGCAGAUCCGGACUCGGCGACACAUUUUGUGCCCAUGAGGAACUACCUGGAUCUGGCCUACGUUGGCAUCAUCAGCAUCGGAACGCCCCCCCAGGAGUUCAAGGUCAUCUUUGACACGGGCUCGUCUGACCUGUGGGUGCCCUCCAUCUACUGCUCUAGCCCUGCCUGCGCUACUCACAACGUCUUCAACCCUGUGCGGUCCUCCACCUGCCGCGUCUCGGACCGGUCCAUCCACCUCCAGUACGGCUCUGGCAUGAUGUCAGGAUUUCUCGCCUACGACACCGUCCGGUUCGGGGGCCUCGUCGACGUGGCCCAGGCGUUCGGCCUGAGCCUGCAGGAGCCUGGCAGGUUCAUGGAAUACGCAGUUUUCGACGGCAUCCUGGGCCUGGCCUACCCCAGCCUCAGCCUCAGAGGGACCAUCCCCGUCUUCGACAACUUGUGGAAACAGGGUCUCAUUUCUCAGGAGGUCUUUGCCUUCUACUUGAACAAAAAGGAGGAGGAGGGCAGCGUGGUGAUGUUCGGCGGCGUGGACCACUCCUACUAUAACGGAGACCUCAACUGGGCACCGGUGUCCAAACAGCUCUACUGGCAGUUAUCUAUGGACAGCAUCUCCAUGAACGGGGAGGUUAUUGCUUGUAAUGGUGGCUGCCAGGCCAUUAUUGAUACCGGAACCUCGCUGCUGAUUGGUCCACCUGACGUUAUCCUAGACAUCCAGAAGAUCAUCGGUGCCAACGAGUCCCACAGCGGCGAGUACCUAAUUGACUGCGAUGCCAGCAACACUCUGUCUGACAUCGUCUUCACCAUCAACGGCAUCGACUACCCAGUGCCAGCGAGUGCCUACAUCCAGGAGGGUCCUGACAGCACCUGCUUCAGCAGCUUUGACAGUCUCAGAGGCAGCUUGCUCACCUCAGACUCCUGGAUCCUGGGUGAUGUCUUCCUGAGGUUGUAUUUCACCGUCUUCGAUCGAGCAAACAACAGGAUCGGCAUGGCUCCGGCAGUGUGAAUGCUGGGGCUGCUCCAGGAAGCAACCAUGCCCACCCCAGACGUGGGCGUGCAUGCUCUCUCUCACACACACACACACACACACACACACACACACACACACACUCAGGGCAUUCCUGCCCAGGGGCUAGCUUGAACUGUGUCUUCUGCUAUGCAAAGCCCUGCUCUCAGUGGAGAAUAAAAGACCUCAUUUUCCACGGUGCUAAUAUGAA